AUGCCGGGGAAUCACCGAGGUUCCAUUACAUCCAUUUCUGGAGGACCCCGAGCCAGCUUCAGUGGCCCCGUCGGACAAGCAGGAAAUAUAAGCGUCGAUGGCUCUGAAGAUGCAAGUCCCUCGAGCAAUCGUGCCGGUUUGGACGGCGGAUAUGACGAGUUUGGCCUCAACAGUGGAGGUGCAGUUGACGGGAGCGAUUUGGGUUCAAGAACAAAAGAAGACAAGAACGACCCUAAUCCACCAUGGAGCGAGCUCAAGACCAAGGCCGGGAAAGAGAGAAAAAGAUUGCCAUUAGCAUGUAUUGCUUGCCGACGAAAGAAAAUACGAUGUUCUGGGGAAAAGCCUGCCUGCAAGCACUGUCUCCGGUCACGCAUACCGUGUGUGUACAAAGUUACAACACGCAAAGCUGCCCCGAGAACGGACUAUAUGGCCAUGCUCGACAAACGAUUGCGGAGAAUGGAAGAGAGGAUCAUCAAGAUAGUGCCAAAAGAGGAACAGGAUGGCACCGCAGUGUCUGUGACAAGAGCAACCGUCAAGCCAGCGAUCCCUGGCACAAUUCCCACCAAGAGUACCGCCGGGAAGAAACGAGGCGCUGAUGAAGCAUUUGCUCACGAGUUAGACAGCUGGUCAAAAUCAACAUCGAAUCCCAAUCUUGAAAGUGGCUCGAAGCCGACGUCUGUCUUACUUCAAGAGCAAGAAGAAAGCAAGCUAUUAUUAGAGGGUGCAGAGGCGCUUCCUUCGAAAGAACUUCAAGAGCAUCUGUCCGAGAUUUUCUUCGAGAAUGUUUAUGGUCAAACAUAUCAUCUUCUUCACAAGCCGAGCUUCAUGAGGAAGCUCAGAGCGGGUACGGUCCCACCAGUCUUAAUACUCGCAGUGUGCGCUGUCUCGGCCCGCUUCUCGACACAUCCGAAGCUCAACACAACACCAAAUUUUUUACGAGGCGAGGAGUGGGCAUGCGAAGCUCGGAGAAUCGUCACAAGCAGAUAUGACUGGCCUAACAUAACGAUAUUAACAUGUCUCCUAAUACUUGGUCUUCACGAAUUUGGCACUUGCCAAGGCGGACGAAGCUGGGCGUUCGGCGGACAUGCGGUUCGUAUGGCAUAUGCAUUGCAACUCCAUAAAGAUCUGGAUUACGAUCCACUAAAACGCAGUGGCACAGCCGAACUGAGCUUCAUCGAUCGUGAGAUCAGGCGAAGGACUAUGUGGGCGUGCUUUCUCAUGGACAGAUUCAUGUCUGCUGGAACUGAUCGACCUACUUUUAUCAAGCAGGAAACAAUCAAAGUGCAACUUCCCAUCAAGGAGAAAUACUUUCAGCUGGACAUGCCUGGACCUACCGAGAACUUGAAAGGGGAGGUGCCGCAUCCAAUGUCGCCAGGCGCAGGUCAACUGUCAGAUGCAAGAGAUAAUAUGGGAGUGGCUGCCUUUAUAAUCCGGUCCAUCGCUUUGUGGGGCAGAAUCAUUGGCUAUCUCAAUCUUGGAGGUAGUGACGAAGAUCCUCAUCCAAUGUGGCACCCAGACUCAGUAUAUGCCAGUCUCUUGAAGCAGACCGAAGCUUUCAUUGAUACUCUUCCGGAGUCAUUGGCGUACACUCCAGAGAAUCUUCAUACCCAUGAAACAGAAGGUCUUGCCAACCAGUUUCUAUUUCUCCACAUAUCAAUUCAACAAAACACGCUGUUCAUGAACAGAUUUCCACUCCCAGGACAAAAAGGAGAACCUGAAAGCCGACUUCCACCCGAUGUGCCGAAAGAGUUUGUCACGAAAGCAGGAGCUAAGGCCUUCGACGCUGCGAACAAGAUAUCAGAAUUGUUGCACGACGGCGAGUCCCACUUCAUCACAGCUCCAUUUACAGGAUAUUGUGCCUUCCUUGCAAGCACUGUCCAUGUUUUCGGCGUAUUCUCAAAGAAUUCUGCCAUGGAAACCGCGUCUAAGAAAAAUCUUGGCAUCAAUGUGAAGUAUCUUUCUAAGAUGAAAAGAUAUUGGGGCAUGUUCCAUUGGAUGGCAGAAAACCUUAAAGAAUUGUAUAGAACGUGCGCCGAUGCUGCCAGGCAGGGUUCUUCCGCAAACACUGCUCAAUCGCCGUCAAACGUUUUCCAGUACGGUGAUUGGUUCGAUCGCUAUCCGCACGGAGUCUCAAAAUCGGAUUUCGAAGAUCCAGCUAGUAGCAGCAUUAAGAAAGAGAAAGGAGACGAUGCAGUACUCAGUGAAAAGUCAGGACUACACACAGUCGAACAAUUCUUCGAUACGUUGGACACAACGAUGACUCCGCUCGAGCGAGACGCGGCUGCCAAAGGUGCAAAGCGGAAAACCAAGAAGAACCCGCCAGCUCGACACGACCAACUUGCACCAGUGAACACAAAUGGCCCAGACAUGAAUACGGGACCAUCGAUGCAAAUGCAGCAAAACAGUCACCAUGUUCCACAGGGCUACAAUCAAAUGAGCCCCACAACGCCUGUAAAUAUGUACAAUCAACAUCACCCCUAUUACGGUCACGAGGUUUUGCUUCCACCACACCAGCAGGGCAUCCUUCCACAACUCGAUCGUCAACUUGUCUUUGGGGCGUAUGCUGGCAUGGAUCCAUCUUCCCUCAGCUCUCAAAACAUGCUAGAUAGCACCAAUGCUUGGGACAUGCAAAUGGGCGGAAUGUCUGGAUUCGUUACAGAGCCCUCUUCGGCUUGGUUCAUGCCAUUCAAUAUGGAACCUCCAGAUCUAGCCCACGAGCAAGACAUCUUCAACACUAUGGGCGGUACUUAUGCUUUGGGAGGGAUGCAAGGUGGUCAUGGCGGCGGAAAUUAG